ACGUCUGCAUUUUUGCAACAAGCACAGAUUUUUUUUUCCCAGGGUACAUUACAAACUGCGCAUUCUAAUGAGCCAAAGCUCCUUCCUGCAGCAUUGAAAAUCUUUUUUGGCAAAUUGCUUCCCCCCCUCCCCAAUUUGGAAGAAGGGGAGGGAUCCCAAAUUUGUGAAGUUGCAUCCUUUUUCUCUCCUUCCCCUGCCUGCCUCCCCCAAGAUACUGCGGUCUUUCCAGCCCAGCUAACAGCUGCAGACCAGGGGAGAGCAGUGGGAGGAGGGGAAAAUGAGCCUCCUUCCUUCUUUCCAUGCAGGCUGAGUUCGCUGGGCAGGGGAUUGCUUUUUUCUUAGGCUGUCCAUUGCACCACUUUUUCUCUCCUCACCUCAGCCAGUAUUUAUAUAAGCUACUUUUUUUUACCCAGAAGCUACACAUGGCCCCUAACACCCAACCAGGCAGCUGCUUCUUUGAGGUCCAUCCUGCUCAUAAGGACUGUCAUGAGCCUUUGGCCUCCCCAGGCAGCUUCAUGGAGUUCUGCAGAGGCCCAAAGACUCGAGAGACACUGGAUAGGGAGAGAGUUUGAGUUAGAGGUUGGGGUAAGGAGUGGAGAUGGAGGAGUCACAUAGGCACUCCUCCUUCCCCUUCUACACAGGAAUUCCCCUGCAUCUCAGUCCCACAGAUGCUUAGGGACAGCCCCUGGGCAGAUGCAGGGGCCUGGAAGAUGACGCCACCAGUGGGCUCCAGCAGCAGCAUGGCAAAGGUUGGACAGAAUGGCUUUGGCAUAGCAAGUCCUGGCUACCACCCCCCCAACCCAGAAGGAAGGACCUUAUGCCAGCAAGAGGGCAAUCUGGGACUUAAUUUUCAAGGACAUGGCAAGGACAUCCACAAGGAUCCUGUGACUUAGGUGGGGUCUUAUGCUCUGAGAGCGGGGAGCCUGCCUUUGGUUUCCACAAAGCAUCUGCUGAAGAAGCAUUGGCUCAGGAGGGUGGCAUUAGGGAGGGCUGGUUUUAGAGGUAUACAUUGCUUGAACAGGUAAAUGGGGCAUCAAAAUGUUGUAUCCUUAGGGCCUUUUACACAACUUACGUCUGUCCUUGGUGAUCUUCCAUACAUUCUUUCAACCAGUCUGUUCUUAAUACAUUCCCUGGAAGGAAGCACCAAGGCCAUGGGACCUGACAGGGUGGGAGGUAGAGUCUUUAAAGGGCUCUUUAAAGGGUUCUGACCUACCCCUCUCCUGUCAUUACCAGCUGCAGACCCCAAAGUCAGGGGGUUGGGUAGAAGAGAGUUCAGAUGCCUGCUUCAGUUACUUACCUCUGGAGUGGUCUAUGUGAAGUUGUUUGUUCUUUUUUUUUGUGCACUAUUAUGGCCCUCUUUUACCUUUACAACCAGAAGAAGGGAAUAUAGGCAGAAGAGAGGGAAGAGUUCAAGAGAAGAGGAAACGUACUUGGAGCUACAAGAGAGGCUCUGGGAGGCCAAGGUACUAGUACUUGUUGGGGCAGAAGCAAGGGGUGCUUCAUGCUUCUGUACUUAGUGAAGUACCUUGCUUCCAAGCACCAUUGCUGGAUAAGCCAGUGAAAGCCAGGAUGAGCUUGCUGUUCAGUCAUCCCUGGAGUAAUCAUUCUCUCCAGGAAUGACAGUGUUGCUAUGUGGAAAGAGUUUUAUCCUCAGGCCCAAUGUUGAGUCCCCAGCAGUGCCAUUUUCAAUGUGACAUUAAUAGUAAUAUUUCCAAGGAAUGGCUUGGAGGGAGCUUUAGCCUCUCUAAUAAUCUCCAUCAGCUCCACCAUUCUUUGAUGUGACAUCUUCUUAAUCUUUAGUAAUAUAACUUCAAGACAAGUUGCCUCUCUAUGGCAUUCUGGACAAGUUAAUAAAUCUAAGUCUCAGUUUCCCCAUCUCUAAAAUAGGAAUGAGACCUACAGCAUAGGGUUGUUGUGGAUACUACAUGAGAUAAUGUGCGUAAAGUACUUAGUACAGUGUUUGGCAGAGAAUCGAUACUUAAUAUGUAUUUAUUUUCUUUUCUUGGAAAAAGGAGCAGUAUCACAAAUACAGAUUGAAGCAAAACACAUCCUGGAUCAUGGCUCACCCUCUCUUCAUCUCUCCCAAAGAACAAGUUAGCCUUGACUUUGUCCCUUCUAUGGUAUGUUCUUGAAAUUCUCCCCAAGACAUCAAGGUUUUGGGUGGGGUCAAUAGGGAAAAGCUAGCAUAGGAAAAGCAUCUAAGAGGUCAGGGAAUGAGUCUCUCCUAGGCACACGGCUGGUUCCCUGAUUCUGGGGUGUCCCCAGGGUUUCUGUCCCAGGUUUGCAUCACCUGGACAGGGAGGGUUUUACCCAGAGCAAUUGUUCACUUGGUGAGAAAGGAGGGGGAUGGGAAGGCACCUACUAAAGCCUGACCUGGUUUUCAGCAAGGACCAACCCUCGGUCAGUCAGUCAAGCAGUCUGCCCAAAAUUUAGGCAACCUAGGGUUUGUCCAGGGUGUUGCCCUGUUACCCAGAACAACCUGCUGGCAAGGGGAAUAGAUCUUGAAUUGAACACACAUACACAUGCUCGCUCACACUGCUUACACUUAUACACUCACACAUGCAGUCUCACACACAUUCACAAUCAUACCAUCACACACACAUACUCUGACUAGAGCUUAGAGCUCUCAAUCCCUUUCCUUCCUCUAUUCUACCUCUGCUGUCCUUCUCAGCCUUAAAGAAAUCCAAGGGUAUUAAAGACAUAUUUGAAAAAGAAGAAAAAAAAAAAAGACCAUGCACACACAAAGGAUUCAAUCAUGCACGUAAGUGGUGAAGCCAAUCCCCAGAAUUCCAGCCUCUAAGGAAUCCCAGUAGAAUUGGAUAUAACAGGGAGCCAGGGCUGUGCCUUGAUGGGCCAUGUCUGGGAUAUGCAUCCAUUCCAUGCGGAUCUAAUCUGAGCAUUGUUAUUAAGCUCAGUUUGGCUAUGGGAGGAAUGCUUCGUGUGUGUGUGUGUGUGUGUGUGUGUGUGUGUGUGCGUGCAUGAAGAAGUGAACUGUAAUGUCCAGCUGGCAGGGGAGGGGGAGUUGUGUUGAGAUGCACCCGUUGUCUUAAGGUGAAGACUGAGGUCAACGAAAGGCCAAGGCUAGAUUCUACUCCAGGGUCCUCAACGGCCAGACAACUCAGCCCUUUCUCCCUCCCUUUGCGGCUCUGGGUCCCAUAGUCUCUGCCCUCCCAGCAGCUAUUGGAGGAGAGAGCAGUAGGGUGGACAGACUAGAAAUUUCUAGAGCCAAAACAGGGCCCUACUUCUUCAUUCUUCUGUAUCCCUCUCACCGGUUGUGGAAGACCCCACAGUUACUUCUUUGUCAAGGAGAAAAGGAGGAGUCCUAUAUAAGAAGUGCAGAGGAAGGAGAGAAUAGAGGUGACACCCUCCUUUGCCUCCUCCCUUCCAGCCUCAGCCUUUACACUGCACAUACUGCAAAACAACUCAGCUUCUUGCCAAGAGUAGAGUUAUACUGAAUUUCAGCUCUCAGCUGCCUUUGCUCCCUCCUCCCUCUCACUGGCUGUAAAACUCAGGGAGGGAAUCUUGAUCCCUGGCCUUUCCCAUAUGUGCCUAUAAGGAUAAACACCAAAAAAGUGAAACAGGGGGUUGGCAGGACCACCAGAGCAGGGAACAGAACUAUGGAACUUGGAGAAGAUCCAGGCCAACGAAAGGGAGCAUGCCAAUGGUGGUGCUGGGGCUGGUGGGGAGCUGGUGGUCAUGCCAGAGGUCCUGUUUUUGAGUCCAACCCUGGCAGACACCCGGGCUCUGGCCCUUGCUCUGAUAUAAAACGUCAGGAAGGGCAUAGAAAGCAGGCAGCUCAGGACUUGCAGCUCAACUCUCAGCUUUCCCUCAGAGCCCAGCAGGAGGAGGAAGAGGGGGUGGAGGCUGAGCUCAGAACCAAGUUUUCCUGAAAAGCCUCUUCCCCAGCUUGUCCUAGCCCCUCCCAGUCCCUCCCUCGCUCUGCUGCAGCUUCCCAGCUGUGGGCCAAAGGGCUAAAACAGUCGAGGGAAGAACCCACCACCCUCUCUUCCCUGCUUUUCUUGGGGGCAGGGGAACAAAGCUAAAACCCAGUUCAUUCUAGAGAGCCCAUGUUCUGGUCAGAGUCAGAGGGUCAGUGGCCAAGCCACCUUCCCUUCAGUCAACCUUGCAGUCCUCUCAGAAGCACUUUCCACUACCCUGCUUCCUUCUUUCUUGGUGUACCCUUCCUUUUCUCUACCUCUUUGUUGGUGUUUCCCAGGCAUCCAUCAAUACUGCCCCAGGGGCUGCCUAUAAGCCCUCAGAAAAGGGCUCCCAACGUGAAGACAACCCUCCCUUGAAGAACUGGAGCUAAGGAGGGAUGGCUUUGGCUCACAUGGUUGCUUAAAGAGGUGGCUCUCAUCUCUGCCCACAAUCCAAGCCCUCUAACAUUAUAGGUCGCUACCUGAGAUCUGUUUUCAUCGAUGGGCAAUUGCUACUUUGAAGGUAGAUGCUGACAAUUUCUAAUCCUUUAUUCAGUGUUUCACUUGCUAGUCUGCCCAUCUCCCUGAUGUUCAGGGUGGGCAGAUGAAACUAGCAAUAGAUGUCUGACCUUGGACAGGUCACUUAUUGUUAGCCUUAUUUUCCUCAUCAGUAAAGACAGGUAGUGUUAAGAUGACCUUCAUGUUCAGUUCUGAGUCAUUACCUUGUGUGGGAUCCACAAGCUACCUUCAAACACUGUGGGGGUGGGGGAGUGUCACUCUACCCCUAGACCCCUGCCUCACCUUUGGCCCUAUUACUUUAGGACCUCAAAGCACUUUCACCAUACAGUUCCCCUCCCUUGUUCUUUUUAUUUCCCAGACAAAGGGAAAUGACUCACCACAAAGUCACCUCAGAUGGGUGGGGUGGGGUCAUACAAGCAAACAGGGAGUCCCUAGGGACAUCCCCACCCCAUGGAAACUCCUUUCCCUAGGGGUGUUCUUCUUAAGGGGAAUAGAAGUGAAAAGGGGUCACAUUUCCUUUCCUUCUCAUGACUUGGCCCUGGAGCCAAAGGCAGCUUUAAGCUCCUAACUCCGGGAAUCUCCCUUCCCUGCUUGUUGUCUCUUCGCGUGUCACCAAUAACCUUAGGCCGAGGUCAGCUCUGCAAUCACGUGAAGCCCUCACGUUUGCAAGGUUUGCAGAAAGGGCCUGUUAGCUUUGAUCUCCCGGGGAGCAGCCAAACUUGCCAGUCACUCCCCAGGAAUUCACAUGCCCCUGCCAUACAGGCUUUCCAAACACGCCACGCUGACUCUUCAACGCACCCCACCCUAUUUUCAGCUCCUCGGUCCCAGCAAGAGUUUUUGCAAGGCAGAAAGGAAGAAAUAACACGCAGGCUACCCGCUUUGCCAGCGGACUACAAAUCCCGACAGCCUUGGUGUUGCGCAGGCGCAUUCAGCUCAACGUGCCUGCUGCUGGAAAAGUGUGUCACUGGGGCACGAGGCGCUCCCUGGGAUCACAUGGUACCUGCUCCAGUGCCGCGUGCGGCCCGGGAACCCUAGGCUGCUGGCGCCUGCGCAGAGCCCUCUGUCCCAGGGAAAGAGGCUCGGGCAAAAGGCGCCUGAGAUUGGCAGAGUGAAAUAUUGCUGCUGAGGGAACGUACCAGGGCACACGUCUCGCCUCUUGGCGGCUGGGUGUCCCUUUUCUCUCCAUCACCUACUUACUUCCUGGCUGCAGUCUUUCUCCCUCUGGGACUUUUGCACCGACAGCUCCAGAUUCACUACCCUGCAGCGUUGCGGGGCCGUCAGGCAGUGGCACUCCGCGCACUGCAGAGACCCUCCCCUCCCUGCUACCUUCUAGUGAGAACUAUUGCAGGCUGAUUUCCCUCACACUCUGUCUCUCUGCUCUUCCCAUGCUAAGCAGACCUACGUUGUCUCAGCGUCCUCCCCUUCUGCAGGGCUGCAGUCCGGUCACCCCAAGACCUUGCUGCAGGGUGCUCCGGAUUCUGGUCGCAAGCUGCGGGGUCCACUCCCCGCCGUCACCAGUGCCCGUGGGGCGACAGCGGUAAUCGCAGCCUGCAGUUUACAUCAAGGUCCAGUUUGAAUGACCGCUCUCAGCCGGUGAAGACAUGACGACCCUGGACUCCAACAACAACACAGGUGGCGUCAUCACCUAUAUUGGCUCCAGUGGCUCCUCCCCAAGCCGCACCAGCCCUGAAUCUCUCUACAGUGACAGCUCCAAUGGCAGUUUCCAGUCCCUGACCCAAGGCUGCCCCACCUACUUCCCACCAUCGCCCACUGGCUCCCUCACCCAGGACCCAGCUCGCUCCUUUGGGAAUAUUCCACCUAGCCUGAGUGAUGACUCUCCUUCUUCUUCCUCAUCAUCCUCGUGCUCCUCCUCCUUCUAUAAUGGGAGCCCGCCGGGAGGUCUACAAGUGGCCAUGGAGGACAGCAGCCGAGUGUCUCCCAGCAAGAGCACCAGUAACAUCACCAAGCUGAAUGGCAUGGUGUUACUGUGUAAGGUGUGUGGGGACGUCGCCUCAGGCUUCCACUACGGUGUGCAUGCCUGUGAGGGCUGCAAGGGCUUUUUCCGUCGAAGCAUCCAGCAGAACAUCCAGUACAAAAAGUGCCUGAAAAAUGAGAACUGCUCCAUCGUCCGCAUCAAUCGCAACCGCUGUCAACAGUGUCGCUUCAAGAAGUGUCUCUCCGUGGGCAUGUCUCGAGAUGCUGUGCGUUUUGGGCGCAUCCCCAAAAGGGAGAAGCAGCGAAUGCUGGCCGAGAUGCAGAGUGCCAUGAACCUGGCCAACAACCAGUUGAGCAGCCAAUGCCCACUGGAGACCUCGCCCACCCAGCAUCCCACCCCAGGCCCCAUGGGCCCCUCACCACCCCCAGCUCCGACCCCCUCACCCUUGGUGGGCUUCUCCCAGUUCCCACAACAGCUGACACCUCCCCGAUCCCCAAGCCCUGAGCCCACAGUAGAGGAUGUGAUAUCCCAGGUGGCCCGGGCCCACAGAGAGAUCUUCACUUAUGCCCAUGACAAGCUGGGCACCACACCUGGCAACUUCAAUGCCAACCAUGCAUCAGGCAGCCCUCCAGCCACAACCCCACAUCGGUGGGAAAGUCAGGGCUGCCCACCUGUCCCCAAUGACAACAACGCUGUGGCUGCUCAGCGUCACAACGAAGCCCUGAAUAGUCUACGCCAGGCCCCCUCUUCCUACCCACCCUCCUGGGCCUCUGGCCCUGCCCACCACAGCUGUCACCAGCCCAACAGCAACGGGCACCGUCUCUGUCCUACCCAUAUGUACUCAACCUCAGAGGGAGAGGCAUCUGCCAACAGUCCUCGGCAGGGAAACUCCAAGAACGUUCUGCUGGCAUGUCCCAUGAACAUGUACCCACAUGGACGCAGUGGGCGAACUGUUCAGGAGAUCUGGGAGGAUUUCUCCAUGAGCUUCACGCCCGCUGUGCGGGAGGUGGUAGAGUUUGCCAAGCAUAUCCCUGGCUUCUGUGACCUUUCUCAGCAUGACCAGGUCACCCUGCUUAAGGCUGGCACCUUUGAGGUGCUGAUGGUGCGCUUUGCAUCGCUGUUCAACGUGAAGGACCAGACGGUGAUGUUCUUGAGCCGCACCACCUACAGCCUGCAGGAGCUCAGCGCCAUGGGCAUGGGAGACCUGCUCAAUGCCAUGUUUGACUUCAGCGAGAAGCUCAACUCCCUGGCGCUUACCGAGGAGGAGCUGGGACUCUUCACAGCCGUGGUGCUUGUCUCUGCAGACCGCUCGGGCAUGGAGAAUUCCGCUUCUGUGGAGCAGCUCCAGGAGACGCUGCUGCGGGCUCUUCGGGCUCUGGUGCUGAAGAACCGGCCCUUGGAGACUUCCCGCUUCACCAAGCUGCUGCUCAAGCUGCCGGACCUGCGGACCCUGAACAACAUGCAUUCCGAGAAGCUGCUGUCCUUCCGGGUGGACGCCCAGUGACCCGCCCGGCCGGCCUUCUGCCGCUGCCCCCUUGUACAGAAUCGAACUCUGCACUUCUCUCUCCUUUACGAGACGAAAAGGAAAAGCAAACCAGAAUCUUAUUUAUAUUGUUAUAAAAUAUUCCAAGAUGA